GGCAGUAGGUCCAAACCUAGCGAAUUCGCGGAAAUGGGUGAGUGGUGAAACGUCACCAGCGACCACACUUGGAGAACUUUACCUUUACUUUACUUUACGAACAUCCACACACGCAGUAAUUGAUCAUCGGUGCGCGUUGAAUAACUUAUUUUAGCUCCAUUGGCAAAGUAUUGACAGUAUGUUUAAGAACUGGGGAAACUGGUUAGGACUAGAGGGGGGAAAUGGCCGAGGUAAACAAGAAGGCGAGACUGUUGUUGAAGCCAGUGAAGACAACAGCAGUCCCGAGAUGGACAGACCAAAGGCUGAUGCUGAGUAUGAGGACAAACACGCGGAUCCUCAUCCACUUCUACAGAAAGCAAAGGGCUUCAGUGGUUACAUCUAUAACUUUGCCAGCAGUGCCUCUAAGAAUCUGUCCGAGUCCGUGGUUGAAACAGCACAAACUUUGAAGAAGAGUGUCGAGGAGGGCAACAUAAAUGGAAUUAUUGAUAAGACCCUUUUGGGUGAUUUCCAGAAAGAACAAGAAAAGUUUGUUCAGGAGAAAAAAGCCAAAAAGUUUGGUGCUGCUGUGCCUCCAUGGGUUGGUUUCAAUGAUGAGGAAACUGUACAGCAACAGAUUUUAUCUCUCUCCGCAGACAAAAGAAACUUUUUGCGAGACCCUCCUGCUGGGGUUCAGUUUCACUUUGACUUUGAGCACAUGUAUCCAGUCGCCAUGGUGAUGCUGGAGGAAGACGAGCUCCUCAGAAGGAUGCGCUUCCAUCUGGUCCCCAAACAGGUGAAAGAGGAAGCCUUCUGGAAGAAUUACUUUUACCGCGUGUCCUUGAUAAAACAGUCGGCUCAGCUCACAGCUCUAGCAGCACAACAGGCGGCGGAACGGAGAGAUGUGGAGAAAACUGCCUGCAGUCCCGUGGAUACUUGUCAAAAGGGUGUAGAUGAAGGGAAAACUCCUCCAACCAUUUGCAGCACCAAACUAAAGUCCAGUGAGGAUGAAGAGGAGAUCUCCACCAGCCCACCUGUGUCUGAAUUUGUUAGUGAUGCUUUUGACUCAUGCAACAUAAAUAAGGACGACUUGCGCAAAGAGAUGGAAAUGCUGGUUCUGGACAAACGGGAAACUCAAAGCACAACACAAGAUGAGACCCCAGACUGGGAAAGAGAGUUACAGGAGGAACUUAAAGAGUACAACGUGUUGGCUGAUAACCAGAGCCACGACGACAACUGGGACAAAGAGAUUGAGGAUAUGCUAAAGGAGGACAGCUAGAGCACCAGAGCUAGCUCCUCAAUCUUAAGCAUUUUAAGGACAUCUUUGAGGUCAGAAAGAGCCCCCGACAACGGAGUUUAUGCUCCUGGUGAAUUGAUUAAUUUUAAUGUUGGUCCUCCAAGAAAAUGAGAAAUACAACUGAAUGUUGAUAACAUUUUAGAGGCCUGAAUAGUUUUAUGCGUUAUAUAUUUAAAAUAGAAAAGAUCUUGUCCUGAACCUCAUAUUUAUAAUGUACAUGGUAAAUACAACACUACAGUAGCAACAGUGAAGAAGCCGACUCGGUAACAUAAGUCUGAAUAGUUUUUUUGACUCGCUUUAAAGGUCUGGUUGGUAAUUUGUUAAUGAAACUCUUUAUCGUAUUUGUUGAAAUCUUUUUCACAACCCGUUAAUAUGUGAACGCGUCCAGGUAACGCAGAAAUAAAUACAGAAGCUAAUAUGAUAUAACUUUUUAUAUUAGUUUCAUACUUGUGAAUGUCCUUGGGUGACUGGACAUGCUGUCUAUAUUUGUUAAGAUCAAAUGCAUUGUCUCCACAUGCACACGUAUAGAUGCUGAUGUAAUGUACUCUGUUUACACCGAUGAAAACGGCUCCAGAUUUAUUUACUAUUUACUUUAUUGACUGUGAUUUUUAAAUCCACGUUUCCUUGUUUUUACAUUGGUGAUUGUACACAGAAUGUGUUCUAAGACAUAAAGCAUAUUAAACCAAAGCACAUGUGUAUCUCAA